GCAGGCUGUAUGUACCGAGUAGUUCAGACGACAGGACCAGAUGGAAAAAACCUUCUGAAAUUACUUCCAGUUUCUAAAUCUUCUGGAAGCUUUGUGCCAAUAGUUCAGUCUUCAGCCAUGCCAAAUAAUUCUAAAGCGAGUAUUUCUAGUCCAGUCCAUCUUACUUUUAAGACACAGCUUACCAAUACUACUGCACCUUCAUCUGUUAAAAUACCUGUUUUUCAGUCUCCUAAUCCUGGAAAGAUUAUUCUUACAAGGACAUCAGACAAACAGGAAAGUGCUAGGGGAGAUUCUGAAAAAGAAGUCUUAGUUCCCAAAUCAGCUGCUAACGUCCAGAGCAGCUGUGUUUCAGUUGAUAGACUGUCUUUGCAGAACAUUGCUGUAACAAGUUCAUCUAACCAGAGUAACACCGCAUACAUGUUGGUAAACACCACAAGUCUUCCAGCUGCUAUGAAGUCUUCAGUACUGCCCUCUGGCCACCACCUCCAGAUACCAGCUGAUGCAGAAGUGAAAUCUGUCCCAGCUUCUUUUUUGCCACCUGCAAUACAGCAAAAAAUACUUGCAGCUGCAGCGACUAAUGUGUCUGGAGGAGCUGAUGGUACAAAAAUGCCAACUGUUAUUUACGUGUCACCAGUGAACACAGUGAAAACAGUACUUCCCAAGCGUUUGCAAACCAUUUGCCCAAAACCUGCCCCAGAAGUUUCAAAAACAUUAAUAAUGACAGCUACACAAGAGGGAAAUUGUUCUUCUCCUGAGGCAGUAACAUCUGAUGGUCAGCAGUACCAGCAAACUCCGAUGAAAUGGAUUGUGCAAGAAACUCCACAGUCAUCAGCGCCUUGCCUUAUUCCUGUAAAGUCAUCAAAUAAUGUGGCUUCCAAGAUCUUGAAAACCUUGUCAGACAUGAAGAAUGUAGAAGCUAACUCUGCAAAUAUUUUACCUCUCUGUUCUAGUGGUCCUGGUGGAAGCCAAACAAAAAUCACAUCUAUUAAAGAUAAUGCUCUGGUCAUGUACAAUGGGAAAGUCUACUUGUUGACCAAAAGAGGCUCUGAUGUUCUGUCAGCCCAAGCUGACAAACAAGCAUCUUCCUCUUCUGAUGCUUCACUUAAAAAGGAGACAUCCAAGCUAAUUGAUUCUACUGCAGUCAAUAAAAUAACGAAUAAAGUAGUGAAUCUGGUAUUGUCAAAAAGCAAAGGAAUGGUGCUGUCUCAGAAGGAUCCAAAAACGGGUACAAACUCAAAAAAUUCUUCACCAACUGGCUUAAGAAAUGACUUAAAAUCUGCACCUGCAGUUCUGGUGACACCAAGUGCUAAUCAGCAUAAUUCCACUGUAAACCAGAGAAAGAGUUUGCCUUUCACCGGGAGCAUUUCAAAUGGAGUGACCCCUAUUACAGCAGUAGGGACACAGGAAAAUGUAUGCCAAAAUGGCAAAGAAUUUCUCCAAUAAACAUGCCCAUCUCAGUCUCUGCUAAAUUAGAGUAUGAUUGAUGGCACUCUCACUGUUUCUGUAUUUCAGAUCCAGUGUGAAAAGAUGGAUUCACCAGGAAAGGUGAUUCAAAUCAAACACCAAGAGAAGCCAUUUUGGAAACAAUACUUGGAAUUAAGGAAAAAAUUUGGUCUCUCUAAGCAGGAGAGGGUGUACCUUAAGAGAAUACCAUUAAGGGCCUCCUGUGAGAAACCAGAAGAAAGGGUUUGUUCCAGUAACAACUUGAAAAGGAAAAAUGAUUCUUGCAGUUCAUCAUCGUUAGAUGUGGAAAUAACAAAUCAACAUCAGGAAUGUAUUAAAGAGGAAAAGAUAAUUGUGGAUCUGGAAGAGGAUUUGACUAAGAAAAGAAAAAUAAAAUCCUUACCACUGUCAGACAGUGGAAAGAGAAGGAGAACUUCAGUCAAGUCAACCACAAGUUCAAGUUGGGAAGAUACUGGCUCAAGUUCCAGUGUAGUUAACAGAAGUGUUUCACCUCCACCAGUAUCAUUGCAGCAAAGUGUUUCCACAGACUUCGUUACGUCGCCUCUAGGGGGUGACUCUGAGCAAGACCCCUACUCUCAAUAUAGUGACAUUACAGACUCAAGUAUUCCAGUUUUAGUGUCUUGUGAAGAUGAUACUUCAGUUCCUGAAGAUUCUUUCAGAGAUGAUGCUUUCCCUUUGACUCCCCCAGACUUGGAUGAAACAAUACGGGAUGAAAAAAUAAACCGACUUAAACAGCUCUUAAGAGAACGAGAAGCGGCGCUUGAAGAGAUGCGUAGGAAAAUGCAGCAAAGCUGA